AUGGAGUUGUCGCGGUGCCGAAUGCGCCGUGUCGGAUGCAACGCCCUCAAAAACUGCUUCUACUGCACUGUGGGGUUGAUUUGGGCUGAUGGGGAUUGCGUCUUCAUCACCCCCCUCCAACAGCCGAAAAAUCAGCAAGCCGUUCAUGGAGCUGGCGGACAUAUCCACGGUGCUCACCAUCAGGUUCACUUCUGCGGACACCAAGUUCUUGGACUGUUCCGGACGGUGCAUGGCUUGUGCUAUAGCAGUCCGAAGAAGUGGCCGCCGUGCAUUUCUGUCCUGGCUGAACGCGUGGACGAUGGGUCACUGGAAUUGUCCAUUUGGAGGAUGAAUGUGGCAGUCGCCGGUGGCGUCUCUUUCUCAAAGUGGAGUGUUCUUGCUCUGCCUCAACUGCCAGUGCUUCAAGGAUGUUUGUGGCACCCCGAGCGAAGCGUGUUCUGUCUCGUCUUUAAAGAUUCGGCAAAGAUAUACGUUAUCAACGAGGAAAGUAGCGACCUGCAAGAGGUGAAGACUAUCACCCCAUUCGCGGGGUCGCGGUUCGUCUGCGGCACGUGGAGCAAGAACGGGAAGCGACUUAUCUUAGCCACGGAGUCGACGCUAGUGUUCUAUAACAUCCCGUGUGCGGACAUGGAGCAAGCUGAAAUGGAGGUCAUUCUCGGUCUCGAACGGGUUUGUUGCAUCGAAAGCAUGGACGGCGAACGGUUUGUUUGCACGGUGGAGUUGCCCAUAGACUCAAUGGUUGCCCGCAGCCGCUCCGAUAGAUGUCUGAUUGAUCAACAGACAGGACACUCGAGGAGCGGCCUGGAUUCCAUCCUAGGCAUGCACGGUGAAGGAAUAGAGGGAAGUUCCCAACUGUUUCUUCUACAAUGGAACCCGGAUACGGAUAAACCAGAAGUCCGUAGCUGGGACGAGCUCUAUGGAAUCCUAUCCCCCGAUCUUCUUGCUGUGGAGCCACAGACGGGCCUGAUCGUUGUAGGCUCGAAUUCCUCAAACACCCUAUACGUGUACGGUGUGGCUGAUGAACAGUUAGAGAAAUUACACGACAUCAAUCUGCUGCGUGAAGAAAGGCCCAAAGGGGUCACAAUCCAUAAUCAGGAGGCCCUACUGAUGAUGGCAAAGGUGCCCUGUGAAGAGCGUCAGAUGGGUUUGUCAAGGUCCGAGUUCGUAGAGUACGAGGUGAUUCUGCGAUCGAUACCUUUGUCGACGGGUUCAUCUUCGGCGGGUCCAUCGGCUUGCACGCUCCGCACUCUGUUAGGUCAACACGCGAAGAGCUCAGUUUCACUGGAUUCAACGAUCUCCGACGGUGGGCCGGGGGUUCGGGGUAGGGCGGCAUCAACGGCCAGCUCGAGUCACAUGCUCAACAGGGCACACCACAUAGACGGUGUGCUCCCGUUGGGAGGUGACUCUCAGCCGUCGUCAACGAUGACGUGGCCCCGCGGCAUGUUAGGAGACUUGAAAAGCCACCUGCAACACGGCGGAAAUCCUCCUCCGCAGAGACCCAUGAGUGCCCACGCCAACCACCAUCACCACCAAGGGCAUCCUCAUUUAGGCGCACAGUCCGAGGGACAUUUGGCUGCCGCAGCGCAACAGGCAGGAGGCAAGCUCUUGGACGACCUCAAUAGCUUGCUGCACUUCAACGACGGAGUGCGUGACUCAAACCAUUUGCCAAACGACAUGCUGGAUUUGCAGUCUCUUCUGUCAGGAGCUGGAAUCUCGUCAGAUGCGCUCGGCGCCAUAGGAGACGAUCCUGAUUACCGCAAAUUGGCGGGAUAUCACGAGGAGCUGUUCAAGCGAGCGGCUUCCGGCUUAGACAUCGGCUCGAUGGGUGCGGAUGUUCGAAGGAACAACACGCUUCCGAGAGAACACGUCCGCGAGAGGGAACCUCAUGUGCGGUCAGAUUCCUACCCUGGUGAUGGAGGUGCUUCAACGGCCAAUGCGUCCAACUUCAAUGCUAUCUCUGCUCGUCUGGUUUCUCUAGAGGACUCCAUCGCUGGGAUGACUAGAACUCAGACCCGAGAGCUCCAGGAGAUCAAAAACGAGUUAUCAGCUAUUCGUCGACUGCUAAUUUCCGUGUUGUUCCACGUGCUACCCGGAGAGGCGAGGUCGGACGCUGUGUCCAAGUAUACAUAGCCAAAAGCUGAACGAGAAAUCUCACCAGAGGCAGACUUCGAAUCGCCGCCGCCUUUACCUCCGCGCAGA